CUACAGUGUUCAUAUAUAAACCGUUAUCGUAGUCUGAUGCAAUAACUGUUGUGUGUGUCCGUAGACUGUGAAGGUGCUUGGUUGAACUCUGACAGAAAAAGCACAAAAUAAUUUCUUUUCAUUUUGUCGACACAGGAAAAUAUCAACAUGACUAUCGAAGCCUCUUUGGAAGGACAAACGGAAGACCAGCCUAAACAAGAUACUAUAGUUUGUAUGACCGACACUGGUGCGACAACUGAGACUGAUUUGGAUGAUUCCAAAACUAAAUUUAUUGCUAAUGGCGCUAACGAUGAUGGCGCUGUUAAUGUCAUGAUAAAAUCCCCAGAUGAAUUUGGCGGCUUGUCGAAAGAAGAACUUAUGAAAUUUGCCAAUGAUCCGUUUUGGAUUCGUGCUCGUCUUAUUCUUUUUAUUAUAUUCUGGAUUGGAUGGGUUUUGAUGCUCGUUGUCGCCAUUGUAAUUAUUGUUCUUGCUCCGCGCUGUCCAUAUCGUCCCGACCUGAAAUGGUAUCAGAAAGAUUUAAUAUAUGAAAUAUCUCCUCGCUCCUUCAGUGAUUCUAAUCACGAUGGUGUUGGUGAUCUGAAAGGAAUUCAAGAGAAAGCUGGCUAUUUGGAAUCCAUCCAUGUUAAAACAUUGUGGCUGCACAAUAUCUUUCAGUCUAAAUACAACGAUUCUGGCUAUGGAUUACUUAAUCACACCGUUAUUAACCCCAUGUAUGGAACUGAAGCAGAAUUACUUUCAACAAUCAAGAGUUUCAGGAAGACUGGCCGUCAUUUAAUCCUUGAUUUUAUCAUACUCAACACACACACAGAUCAUGCAUGGUUUGUUCAAAGCCGUCAGAAGAAAGGAAAAAUGAGCGAUUAUUACAUUUGGGCUGAUAAAAACUUGGUGAACAAUUUACCAACAUCGGAGAAAAAUGUCUGGCACUUGGAUUCCAAACGGGAUCAAUAUUACUUAGCAGUAACCGACAAAGACUUGCCCAAUUUGAAUAUACAAAACGAAGAAGUAAGAAAAGAACUGAAAUAUUACCUACGCUUUUGGUUGGAUCGCGGUGUUGGCGGCUUUCACAUCAAUGAUUUAGAAACUACUUUUAAAGAGAUUUCCUCUAACGGAUCUUCGGUAUUCGAACGUCAGCAGGUAAUAGAGUUGUUAAAAGAGCUGAGAGUGAUCGCAGAUGAAUUUUCAGAUAAACCGGGACGAGAGAGACUUUUGUUUGGUACAAUGCCCGUCAAUAGUAACGAAACGGCUGAAUUCUACGGUGAUGAGACUGAAAAGGCCCUUCAUUUUAUUGGUGUAACUAAUCUUGCUACAUCUGACAGCCCUGCUUCGAUUCAAGAUGCUAUACGUUCUACGAGCCAAUAUCUCCAAAGCCAUUGGAAUGGUUGGAUUUUGAGUAGCAACAAAUUGUCUCGUCCCAUGAGCCGUUUACAUUCCUUCGAUUACUUAAAAUCACUCUUAACUCUUCAGAUGCUCUUGCCUGGGACGGCUUUCUGCCACUACGGAGACGAAAUUGGCAUGCGGGAUGCAGUUUUGCAGAAUAUAACUGAUGGAUUAAAAGACGACCAACCGAAUAACAACUACAUAGAAUAUUACAAAUAUCGUGCCCCUAUGUCAUGGUCCUCGACUAACGUAGAGUUCAGUGAUGCUACGCCAUGGUUAAUAUCAGUAAAUAACAACAGUGUAGCAGGGCAAACAGCCUACAACAACAGAGACUUAUAUCCUCCUCUGAAGGCCUUCACUGAUCUAAAUCUUCUACGAAGCAAUUUCUCGUUCCAGUGGGGGAAAUUUGUGCCGAGUUUCACAAAUAAGAAUAUUAUCAGCUUCCUUCGUAUGGCGAAGGGUUUCCCAAGUUUCUUGGUGGUCGUUAAUCUCGGCUCACACAAGCAUACAAUUCAUUUCAGUAGUUUUAUUGAAGAUGUCUCCUUGGAUAAGGCCAAAGUUGUGUACCACAGCUUGCCUGAGCAGCCUAAAUUCAAAGUCGGGGUGACUGUCAACCUUAAUACAGCACCAGUUAGCUUACAUAAGCAUGAAGCUAUUGUAUUCAAGUUUGCGACAUAAGUUCUCUUCUACACUCUAAAGUUACAAGCAUUUAUCUGUGGCAAACUUCAUUAAUUAUAUAGGUAUGUUUCCAAAAUUAUUUUUAACGUGACAUUAACAUUAUUUUAAAGAAGUGUCUCAUAAUCGGUUUUAUAGUUACCUCCCCUGUUGUAACUGGCAUUUCAUGGCGUUUGAAGCUCGAACAAAAAUCUUAGAUCCACAUUAAAUGUACAAAUAGACUUGCAGAUUGCUUUCGUGUAACGAAUGAAAAAAAAGAAAAGACCCUCAUAACAAAUAAAUAGCUUGAUCAAUGCAAAA